AUGAGCUCUGGCUCUGCCCAGGAUGUGGCAGUCGAGCAUUUCCUGCGUGACAUAGAGAGGCGAAGCAAGCGGCUACACUGCGCUGUGAUAGGCUGCGAGGAGGAGCGACCCCGCAGCGACAUGAACCUGCUGUAUCGUAAGAGCCGUUUGGACUGGAGGCAGAGGGACCAAGAGGGAAGUAAAAAGAGCUCCAAUCAAAACGACCCCUCAGCCACUGUUGGCAAAGUCAGAGACUUGGCUUCUUUCCGCCGACACUUCCGGAUGGGUUUCAUGACCAUGCCAGCCUCCCAGGACCUGUCCCCUCACUCUUGUGCCUCCGCCAUGGCGCCGCGCUCGCAGUCCUGCCAUGCUGUAGGUGCUGGGGAUACAGGUCUGGAAAACGGAGAUUACUCUGACACCCAAUCCCAACACUGUGGCCGCUGCCCCCCAACCAAACCCAAACGUCACCCCAGCACUCGCCUCAGCUGCUCAUCCACUGACGGCAGAGGACUUAUUGACACACCGCCACCUCUUGCGUCCUCUCACUCACAGGCCAAACACUCAGAGAAGAAAAAUGCCAUGAAGAAGUCUGACUCUGGAGAGAUCGGAGGAAAGAAGGUGCCUCCUUUAAAGCCCAAGAGAAGUCCCAGCACCCAGCUUUCCUUUGACCCUCUCCCUCCACGUGUGCCUCCUUCUGCCACAUCCUUGCCUUUUCAGGCAGCGGACUCUCAGAAUCAGACAGGGGACGGAGAGGAUGAGCCGGUCUAUAUAGAGAUGGUGGGCCAAGUGUUCACGAGAGACAGCCAGACAGCCACCCCCCAUCCUGUCACACCUGUGGCCACCACGCCGGACUCUGACUCAGACCAGAGUGAGGCCAUCUAUGAGGAGAUGAAAUACCCGCUGCAAGAGGACAGAGACGCCCAUAGACACCUCCCUCACAAACAUCAGAAACUGAAAAACUCUAAACACUUCCAUGUCACCCCUUCCUCCUCCAGCAGCUCCUCGUCUCUGCCACGCCCCUCCUCUUCCUCUCCUUCCUACUCCAAAUCCAAAGCUACCGUGUCGAUCUCCCAUUCGUCUCCUCUGCCUUCCUCUGCAUCCUCCACCCCUGUCCCCCAGGUGCUCUCCACUAGUCCACACACACCACGAGCUCCUACUCCCUACCUGCUGCAAGGGACUAAAUCCGAGUCAGAGUCCAACACGAAGAUCCCAGCCCCUUUCCCCAAUCUUCUACAACACCGGCCCCCACUGCUUGCCUUCCCACAGCCUGCAGCAGCCUCCAGCGGGGUCGGGGUGCAAAACAAGUCUGCGUCUGCUAAAAUGGGAACUCAAACAUCCAGCGUGACAACUCAAGCCAGCACCUCCUCCACAACUUGUUCCAAUGUUCCCUCGUCGCAGUCAAACUCCAAGGAGUCGUCAGGAGGAAGUGCAUCCCAGCAGGACAAACACAGCAGGGAGGCCCAGUUGGGCCCCGCUCCCGGACUGAGAGCCAGGAGCCACUCCACACCUCUGCCCCCCUCCUCCAAAUCCACCUCCCCUUUCUCCCAUCACCACCACCACCCUCACCAUCGCCCCUCGCACUACCACCACUAUCGCAAGCCAGAGAGAGGAGACUCUCCCGCGCCACUCAAGAGCAGUUCUCAGAACCAGACCACAGUCCAGACCCAAACCUCAAGUACAGGCAGGGAGAGUAAGUCUGUUAGCUUCCUCUUGAAGUCUGAUAAAGGAGAGAGGGAUAAGGACAGGGAUAGGGAAAGGGACAGAGACAGGGUGAGAGACAGAGACAGAGACAGAGACAGAGACAGAGACAGGGACAGGGACCGAGACAAAGAUAGGGACAGGGACCGAGAUAGGGAUAGGGAUAGGGAUAAGGACAGAGAAAGAGAAAGGGACAGGGACAGGGACAGGGACAGGGAUCGAGAUAGGGACGGAGGGCCGUACUCCUUACAGUUGGAUCACAUCCCCUCCACAUCUAAAAGCAGCACCAGCUCAACCCCUACGCCAUUAUCCUCAUCCCAGCGUCCUCACUCUCGACCCCAUCUUCGCUCUCACACUCCUCACGGCCUGCCAGCAUACAAGCCUCCCUCCUCGGACAGCCCCCUGCUGUGGACCUACCCCUCCGGUGGCUUCCGGAGACCGCCGGCUUACGAGAGCUUGCGAGGAAGCUCUCAGACGCCGACCCUGCAACAGCCCUCAAGUCUUACUGGUGUAGGCGAGAGGGUAAUCAAGAGCAAUGGAGGGUCUUCGUCCCUCCAUUCUAAAGUUGGCUUCAUGCCCUGGGACAGCAGUGCCAGCUUAGCUGCAGAUGAGGGAUCUUACUGGCCUAUGCAGAGGAAAUUGUCCUUCAGCCAUGGGAGCAGAGAGACAGAGAAGGACGAAGGGCGUGCGUGGAAUGGCAGUGCUGAUGCCCUACUAAGGAUGGAUAAGGAGGACCUUGGCAUGGGGUCUCGAGGAGGCCACUCGGGCAUCCCAGUCCACUUCAGUGGGGCCACCAGCAGGUCGCUCGGUCACAGUGAGUCCUUGACUGGUGUGGACAGCAGCCCGGGUUUCAGAGCCCUGCCCAGAGUCGGUCUACCUCUUCCCUGCCAGACUUUCCCUGCCUGUCGCAAUGGAGAAGUGGGGCGGCUGGGCCGCUCCUCCUCUGCUGCUGGCGUGAGACAGGCGGGUGGAGGAGACGUCCAGAGACAGAGCAGCCUACCAGCCCGAGAAGCCCUGAAUCAGCGGCAUGGUCUGGCCCAGCCUCAAGUGCCCUGCAGUCCCAGCAGUCCCAGUGUGUCUCGGCAGCAGCAGCAACUUCAGCUCCACCAGCAGCAGCUGCAGUUAAAGCAGCAGCUCCAACAGCUUCAGCAACAGCACCACCUGCAGUUGCAGUUCCAGCAGCUCGCCCAGCUGGCGCAGGGACAGCCUCCUGUCAGCGGGGGCACCACCCAGUCCGCAGCGCAGAGCCAGAGAGACGGUAAGCUGCUGGAGGUCAUCGAGCGUAAACGCUGCCUGUGCAAAGAGAUCAAGGCCCACAGGCGCCCUGACAAAAGCCUGUGCAAGCAGGACAGCAUGCCCAUCCUCCCUAGUUGGAGACGGACACCUGAGCCUCGUAAGACUGGCACGCCACCCUGCCAGAGGCCGCAGGCCGUCGUGUGGGACACCGCUAUCUGA